GCCGUUAAUAUAUAACAGGUGUCACAUUACCCCAUUGCAUUUCUUGCGUUUCUUGCGGGUGAAAAAAAGUGAAAAAAACCACUUUCUUGCAGUCGUUUCUUGCAAGUGGUUACUUGCACCCGAAACACUGAUCUAUAAUCAGGUAAUAAAAGUUAAUUUAAUGAAAAAUGUAUUCAAUAUACUUGUAUAACUGUGUCGCUGGUGGCAGAAAACUACACAUCAUAAAUAGAUAUGUCGUAAAUUACGACAUAUGUAUUUAUGAUUGUGUAAUUUUCUGUCGUAAUUCAUACAGAAUAAUGGUAAUUUAACACAAUUCUUCCCCAUUUCUUUAGAAAAUCGAAAAUUCACUCUAAAAGAUGACGCCCAGACACGUUUUCUACAUCAUAUUUCUCUUCGGGGCGACCAUACUGGAAAAAGUGAGGUGUGAAGGUGAACACUGCGUUGCCGGUAACCCUGCCUUAUGCCCCUUCACCAACGGGGUCAUCAUGGACUGCAUCUACCACGCUGCCAUUAUAGGCGGAUGUGGUUGUUGGAGAUGCUAUUGCCCAACGUAUGCACCAGAUAUUCCGGGCCAUGGUUGCGUCCCCCUUCCAACGAGGAUAGGCCAGAGCUGUCUCUUUCAAAAUAAUACGCUAUCCUGUUACAUAUUAAGUGGUGUGGCGGUGUGUGACCGCGAAGCUGCAAUUCCGUACACUUGCCAAUGCCUUGCACCAUGGUAUGUUCCCAGCGAUGAUAUGACUGAGUGCAUCCCAAAACCGGUCCAACUAGGGGAUAGGUGUACGAGAUUGGCGAAAUGUGAGGAUAAUAUUCCCAACGCAAUCUGUGGCGAAGAGGGUCAAUGUGUAUGUGAACCUGGGACGUAUCCUAACGUCGAUGAGAGAUCAUGCUUCCACGCUCCAAGGAUUGUCGAGGAGAUAUGCAACGAAGUCAGUACGUGUAAUAACAUUCCUUUCUCGGAGUGUGUUUUGGGGCAAGGUGGGAUUUCGACGUGUCAGUGUGCCCCACUGUACAAUGUGCCAAACACAGGGAGGGCGGAUAGAUGUUUACCAUCCAUGAUUGGACUGCCAUGCAGCGGAAACGGGGCGAACUGCGACCUGAUUUAAGGAGCAGUUUGUCAUGGCAGUAAAGCAAGAUCAAUUUGUGUUUGUCCGAAAGGUUUGCCAAAUGCGGAGCUGACCAAAUGCAGUAAGAAAUGGGAGACGGUAUAAUUCAACGAUUAUGCUAAUGUCAAGUUAUAUAUAUAUAAGUGAUUCCUUCAAACUAAUUGCAAAGAUUGGAUCGCCAUAAAAAUUAACAAGAUUAUCUAUCUCUUCAAAAAUAUUUUCAGACAUGGAAUAAUGUUAUUUCUUUACAUGAUUGGAUUUCCAUAAAAAAUAAAUCUA